CAGGAACUAUGGCAGGAGUGGCUGGGGAAAGUGACGGAAUCAGGAGUAAAACACAUAGGAAGUGAGACAAGGCCCCCAGGUGCUGAGACAACUCCAACAAGAGCUGCCUUCUCCCCAAAAGAUCCCACCGCGGAGAAGACUUCCGGACACCCCGUCAGAAGAAGAGUUUCCUCCCCCAGCAGCCCACCCAUUUCUGUUAUAACAAAACGAUUGUUUUUGCUUGCUGUCUCCUCCGACACCGGAUUAGAAGCCCCAGCAGCUGUCCAGGCCCACAGCGGGCCUCCGGAAAUGUCUAUGGGAUGGGUACCACACCGCUGCCAGGCCCCCAUGGACUGGGCACCAGGAAUUCUCAAAAGACUGGCCGUGCGACAUAAUUCUAGAUGAAAACAAUAUCGAACAGGAAAAUAAUAGUCUUGUUUCUGCCACCGUGCCACUUCGAAACAAAGAUUUUAACAAUUGCUCCCCAGUAUUUUGUGAGCCCUAUUUCGUUGCUGGUUCGCCGGCUGUUGCAUAAUCUAGAAGAGUGUGACAUCACCAGCCCCACAGCAUCCCCUCAUCUGGCUUGUACCCUCACCGACCUUCACCCUGAGAUGUCACCUGAUUAUCUGGGGGCGUUGCCAGCCCUGCCGGUGACAUCUUUCUGCUCAUCGGUGACGUCACCCCACCUGUCCUGCAAUAUCACCCUCAUCGUUCUAUGCCAUCAUUUCAUUGUCCUGUGACGCCACCCUGCCUGCUUCGACUUCAGCCAGCCGACCUCUCUCCUGCCCUGCGGCUGGUGUUCCACGUUCGCCGUCCAAUAGGCCUUGAAGUUCCUGCCGCGAACUCUGCGCCCCAUCCCCACCCCGGGCCCCGCGGGGUCUGAACUGGAGCCUCGCGCCCAGCCCGGGAGAUUCGCCGCCCCGGGCAGUCCGAAGAGGCCGGGUCCUGGCGCACGGCGCGGGACGCGGCCGCGAGGAGGGGCCGGCGAUUUUCCCGCUCCGUCCCGGCGUAGCUAGAGGCGGGCGCGGGCCGGGCUGGUGGGCCGGGAGCCUAGGCGUGCCUGACAUUUGGCGGGGGCGGCAGGCGGGGUGGGCGGCCGGCGCAGGGCGGGGGGCGGGCGGGCGGAGCGCAGCCUCUCAUUGGCCGGCGAGAGCGUGGGAAAGAAGGCCGAGCCGGGUUCACACACCCUGCGGCCGCGCUGCCUUAAAUAGCCGCGCGCCCGGGAUCUCUUCGCGCCGGCCUGCAGCCCGGGACUCGACGGAGAAGAGCACGGACGCCACGCGCCCGCCAGCCCCUGGCGGCGCCCUCCGCCUGGCUCCGGAGGCGCGGGGGCGCACCAUGCCUGCGGACACCCCCGGGAAGCCGAGACCCUCGCCGCUGGCAGGAGCGCCGGCCGCCAGAACCCCGAAUAAGCCCCGAAGCGCGGCGGAGCACCGAAAGGUGGGGACCUGGCGGGGCGUGGGUUGGGAGCGUGGGGGCGGGACGGACGGACGCGGGACUCUGCCCCAGCCCGACCCACAGUCUUCCAAGUCGGUCAUGGAGAAGCGGCGCCGAGCGCGCAUCAACGAAAGCCUCUCGCAGCUCAAGACCCUCAUCCUGGACGCCUUCAGGAAGGAUAGCUCCCGCCAUUCGAAGCUGGAGAAAGCAGACAUCCUGGAGAACACGGUGAGGCCUAGGAGCCUGCGGCGAGUGCAGGUGACAGCCGCGCUCAGCGCUGACCCAGCCGUCCUGGGCAAGUACCGCGCCGGCUUCAACGAGUGUUUAGCGGUGAAUCGCUUCUUGGCCGGCUGCGAGGGCGUCCCGGCCGACGUGCGUUCUCGCCUGCUUGGCCACCUGGCGGCCUUCCUGGGCCAGCUGGGGCCCUCGCGCCGCCCGUCUCCAUCGCCCCCCGCUGCGGAGGCCCGGGCGCCCGAGGUCUACGCCGGCUGCGCGCCGCUCCUGGCGUUCGACCGCCCCUUCCCCCUGCUGCGCGCUGGGUCCGCAUUCGCGCUGCGGCUGCCUCUGGGCCUGACUGGGGCGCCCCCCAACGUCCCUAGAGCGGGGCUGCAGAACGGGUGCGCGCCCUGGAGGCCGUGGCUGCGGUGAGGCCUGAUCCUCAGACUGUGGCGGAGGCUGCACCCCGUUCUAGGGCCGUGGCCUCUGAGUGUACCGGAGAAUACUUGUUUCCAGAGGCCGCGUCGAGAGAGUUUGAUCUUUUUUUGUCUUUGUGAAGACUCCAGUCUGGCGUUUUGCCCGGGGAGGGGGGGUGUCUGCUGGUUGCUUUGUGCUGACUUCGGGGGCGGGACUGCUGGUGGCCCUUCCCCAGGCUCUGUACCCCGUGCCGGCCCUUCCUCUACCCCAAGGCUGGGCCGGUGUGCCUGCAUCCGUGCAGCAGCCAGCCACCCUCCCGGGAGUGUUGGGGAUGUGAGAAGCCACUCAGCAAAGUGACAGUCACAUUUUCUACAAUGCAACCCAAUGUCGGAAACCACUUUGGCGGCAUCACUGCGCAAGGAUUUUUUGUUUGUUUGUUUUUUAAGGUACCUUACCCCAGUCCCACUCCUGUGGACCUUGGAAGGUGGAGACAUUGUCACACUCUUGUACUGGGCCGCUGAGCUGUGGCGAGAGGUGAUCACGCCCUGAAGCUUCAGUUCUGGCUUGGUCCACUCCCUACUUUGUUCUCAUGGUUCAACGCAAAGCUGCCUGGACUGAGCCUGCCCCAGGCCAGUGUUUGGCCAGGAGAGGAGUGCCAUCAGGAGAGGUUGACUGAGUCCUAAGGACAGGAACUGGGGCAAGGCUUGCCAAGAGCACUCAGUGUCAGGGUUGGGGGGGGCACUCUCCCACCAGAGUCCCGUCCUGCUGUGUACCCUGGGAGGGGAGGUCUCCCCCCUAGUGGGAAAAGACUUGGAGGGUGGUCCUGCCCAUGCCUCUGUUCUGAGCACCUGCUGUGUGUCAGCCCUAUAGUCCUGGGCAGGAAUGCUAGGCAGCAUUGGACAUCAGCCCUGAGUCACUGUCCUGCGGUCCUAGGUCUCCCUGAGCUGCUGCUGGGGGCUGUGCUCCAGUCGUAAUGAGGGGGUGAUCUGAGUCAUACAAGCUGAGACUGGAGUGUCUCAUCCUGAGUCCAUGUGAGGCUGAGCCAAGACUCAUUUCCCAAAUGCAGCUGAGUUUAUCAGAUGGUUGCCGGCCACCUGCCUGGCCAGGGCCCAUCAAGGAGAAAGAGGACACUUUCUGCUGAAUAAUAGAGGAAACACCUCCUGGCAAGGCUGUGUGGUAGGGGUCGGGGAGGAAUCUGGACCUCCUCCUGGGGAGAAGGCGGCUAGAAGGCUGAUCUUUUCCCUCCACCACCAGGAGGAGUCUCAUUGGGUAUCUGGGGUCUCCUUCCAGUCCAGUUCCUGGCAAAGACCAAGAGCCAAUAAAUGUUUGCUAAAUUCAUGUGCACGGUCA